UGAACAAUGAGGGCUGUUGGUUUGCUGCUGCUGCUGCUGGUUCUGUGUGGGUCAGGAGCUCAGGGGGAGCUUCAGGAGACGGAGACCACAAAGACAACCACAUCUGAUAUCUGGGCGGAGAUGAGGGCUCUGAGAGACAUGACGGAGCAGCUCCACGUGUACGUGGAGCUGCUGCAGAGAGAGAACUCAGACCUGCAGACCAGACUGAGCAGCAGUGAGAGUGAACUUCUCACCAGCAAGUCCAAGAUCGAGACGCUGAUGUCUUUGGAAACUCGACUGACUGCCACCGAGAGCAAAACAAGUCGCCUAGAAACAAAAAAUACAGAGACGAAGAUCGCCUUUUACACAGGUCUGACUGAUGACGGAUAUGUUGGACCGUUCAGCUCAGACACCACAUUGACAUACAGCAAAGUCUUCACCAACAUCGGCAAUGCUUACAAUCCAUCUACAGGUUCCUUCACAGCUCCAGUCAGAGGGGCCUACUACUUCCAGUUCACUAUGUGUAAUGUGCUGACAGGUCACAUGGGUGUAAAGGUGUACAAGAACAACCAGAGGAUCAUGUUGAAUCUAGAGAUUAAGGAAGAGACAAGUUAUGAAUACAUGACUAACUCUGUUAUCUUGGAGCUGAUGGCAGGAGAUGAAAUCCGCCUCGUUCUCCCAUCAGGCUUUUCUCUCUUUGACGAUUCACUGAACCAGAACACCUUCAGUGGCUCCCUCCUCUUCACACUGUGAGGAUCCUUCAGCUGCUGUGUGACUCUUUAUUGGCUACCCUGUGC